CGUCUGUAAAGGGAUCCGUCGGUGGCUCGCACGACACACUCGCGUACACGUCCGCUGCGAACGCGUUGCUUUUCGGAGCGGAGUUACAGGAGAGCCGUCCUUCCCACACGCGUCGUCAGUCAUGAGGGAGUGUAUCAGCGUGCACAUUGGCCAGGCUGGUGUUCAAAUUGGCAACGCUUGCUGGGAACUUUACUGUCUCGAACAUGGCAUCCAGCAGGAUGGACGGAUGCCCAGUGACAAGGUGUCAGGUGGAGUCGACGAUUCGUUCAGCACUUUCUUCGCCGACACCGGCGCCGGCCGGCAUGUCCCACGGGCCGUGUUCGUCGACCUCGAGCCGACUGUGGUCGAUGAGGUCCGCUCUGGUGCCUACCGGCAGCUCUACCACCCCGAGCAGCUGAUCUCUGGCAAGGAGGACGCAGCCAACAACUAUGCGCGUGGUCACUACACCAUCGGAAAGGAGAUCGUCGACCUAGUGCUUGACCGCAUACGCAAGCUGGCCGACAUGUGCACAGGCUUACAGGGCUUCCUCGUCUUCCAUAGCUUUGGCGGCGGCACCGGCUCUGGAUUCACAUCUCUCCUCAUGGAGCGCCUCUCAGUCGACUACGGCAAGAAAUCGAAGCUCGAGUUCUCCAUCUACCCUGCGCCACAGGUUUCUACUGCUGUUGUUGAACCUUACAACUCUAUCCUGACCACACACACAACGCUGGAACAUUCCGAUUGUGCCUUCAUGGUUGACAAUGAGGCCAUCUACGAUAUCUGCCGCCGGAACCUGGACAUUGAACGACCUACAUACACCAACCUGAACCGCCUCAUCAGCCAGAUCGUGUCCUCAAUCACGGCUUCGCUCCGCUUCGAUGGCGCACUUAACGUCGACUUGACGGAGUUCCAGACCAACUUGGUGCCUUACCCCAGGAUCCACUUUCCACUGGUGACGUACGCACCCGUCAUCUCCGCUGAGAAGGCCUACCACGAACAGCUUACCGUGGCCGAGAUCACCAACGCCUGUUUCGAGCCUGCCAACCAGAUGGUCAAAUGCGACCCCCGCCACGGAAAGUACAUGGCUUGCUGUAUGCUGUACCGUGGCGACGUGGUGCCCAAGGACGUCAACGCUGCCAUCGCGGCCAUCAAAACCAAGCGCACCAUCCAGUUUGUAGACUGGUGUCCAACAGGGUUCAAGGUGGGCAUCAACUACCAGCCACCAACCGUGGUGCCAGGAGGCGACCUGGCCAAGGUUCCCCGCGCUGUCUGCAUGUUGUCCAACACGACGGCCAUCGCCGAAGCCUGGGCUCGGCUAGACCAUAAGUUCGACCUCAUGUACGCCAAGCGCGCCUUUGUCCACUGGUACGUGGGCGAAGGCAUGGAGGAGGGCGAGUUCUCCGAGGCCCGUGAGGACAUGGCCGCCCUCGAAAAGGAUUACGAGGAGGUCGGCAUGGACUCCAACGAAGCAGUCGACGAGGGCGAGGAGUACUAGGAACAAUGCUGCCCUCCUGAACAAGAAAGGGCAACUCCUCACCGAGCUGACUUAAGUCCUUCACAAUGUUCUAAUAAAGAUUGAAUGGUAUCAAUAA